GCCGAGCAUUUGCGGGGCUCCUAAUUGGCUGUAUUGGCAUUCGGACGCGUCGUGAUAGAGCGUCCAGAAACACAUGGCACAUAAUGUUCCGCCGACACGAUUGUCAGUGUUCGCGGGCGCGAUCGUGAUAUAGAAAAUAGCCGCCGAGAACGCGCCUCUGCACAAAUCCUCGACUCAAUAGAGCUUCUUUCGCCGUUUUGCGCUUCAGUCGCAGUUUGGAUGCCGCGUUGGUGAGACUUGGGUCCGCGAGUUCAGCCAAAUGUGCCAAGUGUGAGUGUCAGUGAGUCACGGAGGAGAUUUAUUCGAGGAAUUCUUGCGUGAUUCGUAUUUCCGUGACAUUCAACAAUAGCAUAAGGUGCUCCUCAGUGCGUCUCAAAUAGCAUGUACAAUAUUGUAAUUAGUGGCAGUACUUAAUUGGAAAUUGUGUGUGGUCGGUGAACUAAAUCAAGUGCGCACUUUGAGACACACUCGCGCGACAUUCAGAACCUCUGCGGAGACGUUUGAGAACUCCUCCAGCAAUUACUAGGUGGCAACGGACAAGAUUCUUAGACGAUAGUGCGGCGCAACAGUGUGGCUGCAAUGGAUGUGAGAUAUAUCGUCUCGUUCGUGGCAGUAUCAUUUCUCAUCUCUCCUGUGACGUCUGCUGAUGUUUACAAAGGCAUCGAACGCCUGAAAUGCGCAAACCGAGAAGGUGUUAAUGUCCGACCGCACAGUGAAUUUCGCCAUCAUCUGCGAGAGCUGAGGACGAAGAUGCGAAUCCAGGCGUCUGUGCCUGGAUCCGAAUUGGACGCCUACAUCGUGCCCACUUUCGAUGAGCAUCAAUCAGAGUAUGUGGCAGAGUCUGACCAGAGGAGAAGAUUUCUGUCUGGCUUCUCCGGCUCCAAUGGAGAUGUUGCGGUGACUCUCAAUUCCGCAGCUCUGUGGACGGACGAGAGGUUCCUGUCACAGGCAGACAGUGAGUUGGACUGUGAGUGGAAGAUUUUCAGGAUGAACAGCGAACCGUCCAUUGGCAAGUGGCUCACCACACAAUUAUCGCCCGACGCCAAAGUGGGGGCGGACUCGCAACUUAUGCCGCACUACAUGUGGCAGGACCUCAAGUACGAACUCUCGCGGAAGUCCAUCAGGUUAAUUGACGUGAACAGGCACAUUCUGGACGCUAUUUGGGGUGAGAAUAGGCCCGAACCUUUCAAUGAUCCCAUCAAAGUUCACCCUGUUGCCUUCGCGGGCGAGAAGUGGGAGAGCAAGGUCAACAAGCUGAGGACGAAUCUCACGGGCAUUCGGGCAGAUGCCAUGAUUAUCACCUCAUUGACUGAGAUUGCGUACCUCCUGAACUUGAGAGGCAACGAUAUUCCGUACAUUCCAGUCUUCAAGGCUUACCUCAUUGUCACGCAGAAGGAGAUCUUCCUUUACACCAAUCAGACCCGGAUAGACUUCGGAGUGUCACUCCAUCUCAAAUCAGAGCCGUGCCAUCACGAAAACUGUGUUCAAGUUAGAGAUUACAAUGCUAUUUGGUCGGAUUUGCGCACAUUUUCCCAACAGUGGCAGAGAGUCUUGAUUCCCACAUACUGUGUCUUCGACAUGGGAGCCUCAGAAGCCAUCUACAGUGCUUUGCCUCAGAAGAUCGUGGUGGAAAGAGUCUCUCCGAUCAUUUACAUGAGAGCGCAAAAGAACGAAGUAGAGCGAGCAGGAAUGGUCAAUGCUCACAUUCGGGAUGCCGCAGCGCUUUGUGAUAUCUUCAGUUACCUUGAAGAGAGGUAUGCUUUUGGAGAAAACUGGACCGAAUUGGAACUUGCCAAGCAGAUUGAUCGAACACGACGUUCACAGAAGUUUGCCCAGGACAUAUCCUUUGAAACAGUCGUCGCUUAUGGAGAACAUGCCGCCUUACCCUAUUAUGCUCCUAAUAACCUAUCAAACAGCUACAUUUACGACAACAGCACCGUUCUGGUGGACUCUGGAGGACAGUACUUCGAUGGGACGACCGAUGUGGCAAGAACUUUACAUUUGGGAACUCCGACUGCUGAACAGAAGAGGGCCUACACUCUCGUGCUAUCUGCAAUGAUUCGUCUUUCAACGCUUGUCUUUCCGGAGAAUCUCCGUCUAUCGGAUGUGGAUAUCCUGCCUAGAGGAAUUCUCUGGGGUGACUUCAAGGACUAUCCGCACGGAUCCGGACAUGGAGUGGGAUCAUUUUCAUCAGUUCACGAAUCUCCGAUCACUAUCGCUCAUACAACGAAACAUCGCUACACCUUCAAAGAAGGGUACUUCUUCUCCAACGAACCGGGUCUCUACCGAACCAUGGACUUUGGGAUUAAACUUAAGAACAUCCUGGAAGUGGUGGACACCGGAAAAGUGCACCCAACUGGAAAGAAAUUCCUGGCUUUUCGUGAUGUUACCUUUGUGCCAUUCGAACCGAAGCUGAUCGAUCGGACUAUGCUGAGUAGCCAGGAGAAGCGAUGGUUGAACGAAUACAAUGCAAGAAUUCGAGAUCUCGUCGGUGCGGAACUUAAGCGGCAAACGAAAAUGCAGGCCUUCUACUGGAUGAUGAACAAGACCAAGCAUAUCAUUGAGUACUUGCCGGAGAAGGAGUAUCGCAGUGCCCAGGAGGCCAACAGAGCCAGUGUCCUGGGAGAUGCUAGUCUAACGCUUAUCAUCGUCACAUUCUUCGCAUCGAUCAGAGCCAUGAUAUAAGAGCACCGUGUUCACAACUAGCAAAGUGACUUUUAUGUAAAUCAAAUCUUCGUUGGUAUUACUACACCUUACUGUAUUAAGUAGAGUUAAUAUCGUAAUCAAGUAUCUAGACUGUAAAUAAUUCUUCUUAACACCAUGUCUGUUGAUUUUACAUUGAGGAGCAUCGAGAUACAAAUUGCAAAUUAAGAGCACGUUCAGCGUCAUAGUUAUCGUCUAUUUGGAUCUUAAUUAGCCAUAUAAAAUAAUCGUAUAUCAAUUAAUAAUUGUAAAUAAUGUCCGUCACCGAAUUGUAUCACUCAAACACGUUGACUUCAAUAAAAAUUCCAAAUUUA